UGGAUAGACGCACUUCUCUCUGUGAAAAUUUGCUCCAUGGCUUAUUCCAGCAGGCUGCAUCUUUGAAACUCUUGAUAUUAUAGGAAUUCAAUAUUUAUUCAGACCAUUAUAGUCAGAUUUUAUCAGUGAAGUUACUCUCAUCAAAUAAAAUAAACGCAUGAAGAGGAACAACUUUACGCACAGCACAUCUGUUACCACAAUGAAGAUAAUUCUACUCGUUAUGGUAUUUUCCCUCGUUUUGGCAACUGUCCUCUGCCAAAAAAUCAAUUUUGAUGACAGUUGGAGAGAAGACAAUGAAACGAGCAAAUGGCCAGAAAUCCUGAAAAGAAUGACUCGAAAACCUGAUUCACGCCAAUUCUUUGGUCUUAUGGGGAAAAGAGGUUCUGCGAAAUCCCAGGUAACAAGAAGAAGGCAGAAAUUUGAGUCUUUUGUUGGACUGAUGGGUAAAAGGAGCUCAGAGGAACAAGGUUCCUUCUAAUGGAUCUCAAAAGCAGCUACAUACAACUUUGCAUCGAAAGAACCAAGUGUGUACCGGGAUGCACUGAAAGUGUUUGCAUGAUUGUUUCAGUCAAGUGUGAUGUCCAAUACUUUGAUAACAUUUUGCGUCAGCAAAUUAACAGUACUUGCAAAAAUUGCUUUAGAAAAUGGAGGAAUAUCCAUAUUACUGUGGUGUGAAAUAUGUCAAAUCUUUUCAGGCAAAUAACCUGUUAGUCCUCUGAAAACAUUCAUAUUAUGCAUGCAAUGUGGCAGAAUACUUACAUCAAAAGUAAAACAACUGAGAAACGCAGAAAAAAGGAAACCCAUGUUGCCUUCUGGCGGAGAUUUGUAGACAAAGCAGAUUAAUACUCAACUACAGAGCAAAAUAAGUAACACAUUUAAACUGUUUAAAUUUCAGUAGCCCUACAUAAUAGGUAUUCUGAAUUUAGUAAUGCAGUAUCAACAUGCAUCUCUUAGCAGAAUUUAUUGCAUUGCAAGUCUAUCAUCACAUGUUUAUUAAGUGACUUUGUACAAUACAAAUAAAAAAUA